AUGGAGGUCCAAGAGGCUGCAAGUCGCCUCUUGGCGUGUGGUCGUAAGCGAGAGACGACGAGUCGAGACGUUUUGAAGCGAUCAUUGAAUGUAAAUUGGCAUGAACAAGUUGAAGAUGGUCAAGUUUAUAUCAGUAUUAGUAGUGAAGAAGAAGAGAAAGGAGAAGAAGAGAAAGGAGAAGAAGAAGAAAAAGAGAUACGAUUGAAACGGAUUCGACAGGGUUUGGAGUGUACGAAGAAGAAGACGACGACAAAUGAGGUAGAAAUUUUGAUUAUUGACAGUAGUACAGAGGAAGAAGAAGAAGAAGAGGAGGAGGAGAAAAUUGUACGAGUCAAGAGGAAAUUAAAAGUAUUGGAAGAAGAAGGAGAAGGAGAAGGAGAAGAUGCAGAAGAGAUGGGUACAGUGACAAAAGCUGGAAGUGUGGUUGAUAUGGAGAAGAAGAAGAAGAAGACGAAUUGGCAAGUUGCUACGACGCAAAAGGUCGCUAAGGACCAACAUGUUGUGUCAAAAGUACGGAAGCGACGGCUUGGGGAAGAAGAUGCAGCAUUUUUACUGUUUUAUGGAGAUCGAGAGACACCUAGUGCCAAAAUGCUUCGACUGAUUGUUGAACUUAUUUCGACUGGAGUGGGUGCAAGAAAUAAGUUUUUAUCCAGGUUUAUUGAGUAUUUACUCUGGUGUAAACUUAGUGCGGCGGUAAAGGCUGGGCUGGCUCAUGAGCGUCUCGUGCAAUCUGAAUGGACCAAAAUUGUCUUUAGUUGUCCCUUGCCUCUACAUCGUUGGAGGUCUGGCCCCAUGCGUCGACCAGAUUUGCUGCCGCGUCCGAUCACGAUCACGGUGCGGCCUUUUCUGUUUGCGCGGAAGCGGUUGCAUCGCCAUAACGUGUGUGUUGCCAAUAACAACGUGGAGGCUACUACCAAACAAGAAGCUUUGUAUUCACGCUCAACACCUCAAGAGACUGCGAUGGCUCUACCAAGUAGAUUAGCUGGGGAAGGCAUGCAGUCUAGGUUGAAGAGUCCCAAAAAGAGCACGAAGACGGCACAAACGAAAUCUCCUCGGGGCGAAGUGCAAAAACGGCCACUUGGUCCACCAUGCAGCAAUGGGAUGGCUUCUAGCAAGACACCUGCCGCGUUUUUGCCGCGCAAACAUCGGCGUCGAAAUGGCGAGAUAGGUAUGACGUCUGUAGCGCCGCGCCAAGCUAAGGGCCCAAGUGGCCAGAGUAUUAGUCAAAAACCUAACUUGGAACCUCUGCCAUUCGACUGUUGGACACUUGGUGAAAAUCGAAGCUUGCCUAUUGGAUGGCGGGCACCUGAUCAUCAUGGAGAACAGGAAUUAAGUGGAAAAACACUCUUGUCGUGUCCUGUAGAAGUCAACCCGAUGCUUCAGAUGACAGCAGAUGAGAUAGCGCAACACAUUGCAUCUCUUCGUCGGGAGGGCCGCUUCACAAGUUUUGAAAAAGUGACAGAUAUUUUGUUGAAGCUCAUGUCAGACCCGCGGAAUCGGCACGGUGUGUUUAAUACGCCUGUGGAUCCAGUAGCUCUAAAACUACCUACAUACACAACUAUCGUGGAGCACCCAAUGGAUCUUGGUACCAUUAAACGCAAUCUUGCUGCUGGAGAAUAUCUCGAGCUAGAAGAUUUUGCUUUAGACGUCCGAUUGGUGUUUGAGAACGCGAUGCUUUUCAACCCGGAAUCGCAUUACAUCCACGUGGACGCUGAAAUCUUAUUGAAUCGUUUUAACGAAUCCGUGAAAGCUGAGCAAAACAGACAGGCGAAGCGACAACGCGCGCAGCACGUGUGUAAAGUGUGCCGUGGGAAUACCUGCAUUGUGUGCCACCAACAGUGCUUGGACGUUGCUCAGCCGAACCUGCAUUGCUCAGCCGGCUGUAGCACUGAAAUGCGUAUAGGCUCAGUCUAUUUUAUUUCGGAUGACGGCACUCGUAUUUGGUGUCAAAAGUGUAAAGCUCGUAUGGCGAAGGAUCGCAGUUCCACCGAUCGAGCACAUAGUGAUAACGCGAAUGCGUUGCUGGACUGUGUCAUCAAAAAGAAGAUCGAGCCUAGUGUAGAACCCUGGGUAAAGUGCGGCGAGUGUAGCCGGUGGCUACACCAGGUGUGUGGACUUUAUAAUCCUGUGAUCGGUGCAUAUAAAUCUCAGAAGACUUUGAACACGGCGUCGGGAAGCUUGUCCAUAAAAGUCAAUCCAUACGUGUGCCCCCUUUGUCGAUGCCGACGCGAGCGUGUUACAUCAUCACCUGAGCCAAUCAAGCGCAACAUUUUGGUCGACGAUCGCGAUGAGAACGCUCAAAACAGUUCGUGUAUUAAUAUUCCGAGCUGUGAAUUAAGCACAUUUAUCCAGAAUUUUUUGCGUCAUGGGCUAAACGAAGCCGGUGAGUAUGAAGCUGCUCGAACAUUAUACGUUCGGGCAUUGUCGUUUCCAGGUGAACGCAUGGUCGUUCCGGAGGGAGUGGUGCGGGCAUUCGAUGAGAAUUCGCAGCUGCUAGCUCAGCAGCGCCCUGGCACUGACAUUAGUUCGCAGCGAUUACCUCCUCACAUCAGUUAUCUCUCGCGUGGUCUUUACCUUUUCCAGAAGCACGAAGGCAUGGAAGUUUGUCUCUUUACGAUCUACGCGCAAGAGUUCGGCGACGGUUGUGAACUGGAGGCGAAUCGACGCGCCGUGUACAUUGCUUACUUAGAUAGCGUUCGAUAUCUGAAGCCCGCAAGUGCACGGACGGCGGCAUACCACCUGAUUUUGCUGGCUUACUUCGACUACGUGCGGCGGCACGGUUUCUCCCGUGUGCAUAUUUGGUCAUGCCCGCCGCAGAAACGGAUAAGUUACGUGUUUUGGUGUCGUCCAGCAUUUCAGAAGACACCCAGUUCGGAGCAUUUGCGCCAUUGGUAUAACAAGCUACUUAUGAAGGCGAAAGAACGUGGAAUUGUCAAAGACUGGACUACACUCUAUGAUCGAUAUUUUAGCGAUAGCGUCUGUGUUUCUACUGCUGAUGGUGAUCCGAAGCCGCCGGCUUCUUUCGUGUCAGUGAAGGAAAAAAAUGAAGUGGGGGUGUCGACACGCGGCACAACUGUGGAGUCCGUAAAUUCCGAUGAGCUUGUAUGGCCAGCGAAGCAACUUCCACCAAUCUUUGACGGUGACAUUAUCCCAUCUGAACUAGAUCGAAUUCUUGGGCGCAUUAUGUCCCGAAACAAGAAACAGAAGCGAUCCAGGGAAAACAAGAAGUUUGCUGCUUGUGGCAAGAAUAGCUCAAUCGCUCAUGAUGGUGGCAACGUUUCAUCUUGCGACAGAUUUACGUGUAUCAAGGAAGAAGUUUCAAGUGCGUCACCUCUUAGAGUGAAUGCGAAGAUGCGCGAAAUGUUUUCUAAAUGCCAGUUCGCUGUUCAACGGCUGAAACAAGAUUUGCUGGUGGUGGAUUUGGACGUAGUGAAUGACGACGAGACAAUGGAAGAUUACGGUACUAGUGUUACCGAAGAAGGACGACCAAAGGGCUGUCACCCUGAGACAUUAUUAGUGCCUUCUCAACCUCCUCAUUACACGCGCAGACUUUUGGUCCUGUCGAAAUUGCGUACGCUAUGCGUUAUGUGA